AUAUUACGACUUAAAACAUCAGCUGGCAGUUAGAAUAAUGAAAUAUUCUAUAUGUAUAUUCCUUUUCAUCGUUGGUGUUGCAAUGUCAGAGUAUUGCUACGACGCAGCCAAGGAAUUUUGUACAUCUGCUUUGGAAAAAUAUCCCGAACUUAAAGUCGAUAAGUACUACUGCAAUCGCUUAAAACAGUUCGCGAGGUGUUUUAAAGGGACGUUCAAGGAUUGUAAUGACUACUUAAAGAGCAUUUAUAAGAAUAAUAACUGUGAUCAGACAACAAAAAUGCCAGUCGAAGCUGUGAUUAUAAUGGUUUGGAUUAAUAAAUACUUAAAUAAACCAACUGUGUUAUAUUUCCGUUAUGAUCGGAUAUGCAACGGCAGUCAUGAUUACAUACAUCCAAAUAUAUGCUGGUAGACAUUGUGUCACUAGGAUUGAAUCCCGACUUUUAUAUUAAGAAAAAAAAGUUAUUAUUAAGGUCAAUCACUCCGAUGAUUUCUGAUGGAUUUUUAUCAACACAAAUGAUGCUAUAAAAUAGAUGUCUAUAUGUGUAUCUACAUGUUCAUAUAUAUGCCACGUACACGUAUAGAUAC